CCACGCUCUUGGCCACCGCGAGCUCCCACGACGCUGCCACGCCUCGAGUGCCCUCGAACACUCUUCGCGGCGACGCCCAUCAUCCCGCUCUCCCCAGGCCGACGCCCGUGUCGCUGCAGGUCAUCUAGCACCUUACGGAGCACUCCGCGACCCAAACCCCUCCACGCCCUACACCACCACACGCUUCCCUGACUAUCCCGUGAUCUCCGCUGCCAUCGCCCCGGGGUGUUUGACAGCGUCUCGACUCGAGUUCCAUCUGCUGCUGUGCAACCGCCGGACCACAUACCUGGAGGAUGCUCGCCGACGUCCGAUAGCCUCAACCCCAAGACGACUGCAAUCCCACUGCCCGCGACUCGUAAGCAUUGCACGCGACCGCUUCCGCGCGAACACACCACAGGGAGCCCUCGGUGAGGUUACCUAGUCCUCGACCGGCUGCGACUCGGCGCAUUGACGACCUACCAUGACGGCGCAAAUUCUUUCCAUGCAUACAUCGCACGCGUCGGAUUUUGGAAAGAUGGACUCGAUGCUCCCCCAGAAGAUGGACACCUCCCAGGUCGAGCCGCCGACGCCCUCGUCGCCUGGCGAGAACCGCGGCCGCCGGCGCAACAGGGAGGAUGGCGGAGACAUCAUGGACGGUGACAAUGGCGAAGACGGCGGCGAGGCCGGUGGCUCCUCGAGGAAGCGCAGGAGGAGCCGCAAAGGCCUGGACAAGAAGUUUGAGUGCCCACACGAAGGCUGUGGAAAGAGCUAUUCGAGGGCAGAGCAUUUAUACCGCCACCAGCUUAACCACAAUCCAAAGCAGAUCUACCACUGCGACUUUCCGGAGUGCCACCGCUCCUUCGUCCGCCAGGACCUGUGUGCCCGCCACAAGGAGAGACACACGGCGCGAGGCUCGCAGCUGCUGCGCAAGGACACAUUCAUGCACAAUAUCAACCCCAUUGUGACGGCCGCUAUGGCGCCGAAGAACCAGCCAGGGCACCUUGGCAAGAUGAUGCAGCAGGGACCACCGGAUCGAUCCUUCGCGAUGCAGUCUCCUGCGUCUGCCGUGCCCAGCUCAGGCACUGCGGGUUCCGAGAUCUCCCCGCCGCUGGACCCGACGCUGCACUCUCCAGCCUCUGAUAUAGCCGCGCGGCAGGUGCACAAUCCCUUGAACCGCGCGCGGAGUGACGACAACUACCGUGGGCCUGAUGCCAAGCCCUACGAUAUGGCCUCUCGCCCCCCCGGGACGUUUGGGCCGCCUCAUCCACGGCAGUCGAGCUUUGGGUCCUUCAACAACGUCCGGCCUCAGGUCUCGCCGCAUAUGAGCAAUGGGACCAACUUCUCGCGGCCCGAUUUGCGGACCCAGACGUCGAACUUGACGUCUUACGGCUCGAACUCGCCAUACAACUCGGCCACCACGCCCGCACAGUCUUACCCCACGUCGGCACCCGCCAACAGUUCGUACCCGUCACAGUCACCCUCGGGAUACCAGACGCAGCAGAGCUUUCCACCGUUCUCCUCUCUGCCACCUCCAGAGUACGCAACUAUGACCCAAGCUCCAGCGGCACGUGACCAUGACACUUCGUCCUACAACGGCACCUCUGGGCCGACCCCAAUGAGCGGAAUGGAGAACACGGCCUCCGGAGACACGAGGAUGAAUGGCGUCUCUGAAGCGCAGUUCGUGGAGAACUUAACACCGUCGUAUGCCAUGCCCGUGUUUGGCGGCGACGGAUACAGCCGCUCUCCUUUUGCCAUGGCGGACGACUUCGCGGCGUGGCUGUUCAACGAUUCCAACUCCUUCGGUGGUCCUGGCAACUCUCCGAUGGGAUAUCCCGCUGGCGGCGGUGGUGUUGGAAACGCAAUGGGCGGUUCGUCUCAGAUUGGCCUGCAAGCACCGUACUUCAACUACGAUCCCGUAGUAAGCGGUUACUAUAACCAACCUGCACCUCCGCAGCAUCCGAUGGCUGUCAACAGUAUUCUGGACACUAGCCUGCCAGAAUCAGCGCUCUCGGAGGACAAGAGACAACAGUUGUUGGAUCUUAUCAUGGGCCGAUUCAACGAAACGGAUCAUGCGCCUGUCAAGAAGCAGAAAGACGAGAUUUGCGAUGGCAACAAAGACGACGACAAUCAUGUUCUCAGCCUGAACAUGAUGCAAACCUACAUUGGCUCAUUCUGGAUUCACUUCCAUCCGCAGCUGCCGAUUUUGCAUCGACCUACAUUCAAUGCGGCAUCUUGCCCUGAUCUCUUGCUGUUAGCCAUGAUGUCCUUGGGUGCGUCGUGCUUAGACAAGACCUACGGACAUGAAAAAGCGCAAGCGUGCUCUCAGCUAUCAAACUUCUUAGCGUGGCACUUGCGCUGGGAGAUAUUCAUGGACGCAGAUUUCCGCCCGCCAGCCAAGCUGUGGGUGUUCCAGGCACUUUUGUUACUUGAGAUGUUCGAAAAGAUGUACUCGACACGUCCGCUACAUGAGAGAGCACAUAUACAUCAUGCCACCACGCUUACGCUGAUGCGGAGAGGCUCUUCGUUAAUUGGAAGGUCGGCCAUGGAUUCACCACCCAGCGUCAAGGACGCAAAGGUCGGGGUGAAUGGCAGCUAUCCUUCCGGGAGUCAUACUCCAGACGAAUGGUGGAACCAUUGGAUCACUAAUGAGGCCACAAGACGAGCCGCAUUUGCUGCCUUCGUCAUGGACUCGAUUCAUGCAACUAUGUUUGGUCAUUCCGCCGUUAUGGUUGCUCACGAGAUGCGGUUGCCACUGCCCUGUGAUGAAGCACUUUGGUCUGCGACGAGCAGCUCAGAGGUUGGACGAGUAGAAGCCAGCCUCCACUCGAACGGCAUCAAGCCCGUCACAUUCCUAGACGGGUUGAAGAAGACGCUGAACGGAACUAGCGUGCGGACUAACAGUUUCGGAAGGACGAUCCUCAUGGCGGGUUUGUUGUCCGUCUCUUGGCAUAUGAACCAACGAGACCUUCAAGUCAGCAGCCUAGGUGUAUCCCAGGCACUAGGCGGCCGCGACAAAUGGCGAGGCUCCCUCACUCGAGCAUUCGACUUCUGGAAACAGGACUUCGACACCUCCCUCGCAGGGCACAAAGACGGACCCAAUGCAUACCAGUCCUACCACCAUUACGACGAGGACAACGUCUUUGAGAGUCGCACAGUUCUCCACCACAUGGCUCACAUGGCAAUGCAUGUCGAUAUCGUGGACUGCCAGAUCUACGCUGGUGCCACAAGGUUACUAGGCCGAUCCAUAACGCCUCAAGACUACAACGGCGCUCAGCGGCGCAUGAAGGAGACAUGGGCGCCAACAGCUCGUGCCCGUGACGCGACAUUCUACGCGCUCCAGUUCCUCUCCAAAGUCCUCGUGCCGGACGAAAGCAGCCACACCGCGUCGUCCACCGGUACGCUCCCGUUCGACUACAACGCUCGCGACGACUGUCUUCUGAAUCGCCCCUGGGUGCUGUACUUCGCGACCCUCAUUGUGUGGAGCUACGGCUACGCGCUCGACGGGCCGAUCAAAUCGGCGUAUCGGUUGCCAACGCACGAAGACAAGGUGCGCGAUAUGCAGAUCUUCCUACGCAGAGCUCUGCGCGAUGUCCGGGCGCCAGAUGAUUUGGCUAAGAUGCAGAACCGAAAUGCGUGCUUGGGUCUACUCGUGCUUAUGCGCGACAUGUUCCGCAAGACGCGGUGGGAGUUGCUGCAUGAGGCGAGCAAUUUACUGACCAAGUGUAUUGAUAUGCUCGUUCCGGGAGCGGGUAUGUAAAAAGAAGGAUUGGGUGCAGCGGAGGUGGGUAAUCGAUUUGUUAACUGGAGUUGGGUGUUCUGUUCUGUUGUACACUACUCAUGUCUCUUUUAUCUUUGGGAAUGGUCGCGUAUGUGGCGAGGAUGAUGCUUUUGCAGUCCGGAGGGGGUCUAUGGUUGAUGAAGAGCACGCGGGCAAUGACGUGGAUGUGGAAACACCUGUGAAUGUUUGAAAGGUGGAUUGUCUGAAAUGGGAGGGUGCCGGUCUUUUCUGAGUGGUUUUAUGAACUAUACCCCACAACGCGAGGGUGGUGAGCGAUAUUUCUGUGUCCAAUUUAGGGGGG